UGCGGAGGAGGAAGGAAGAAGAGACAGAAGGAGAGAGGAAUUCAGCCGAGCCAAGCCAUGGACAUCAUCUCGCAGCUGCAGGAGCAGCUCAACGAGAUGGCCAUGGUGGCCGUCAACACCUUCGGCACGCUGCAGCGGGACGCGCCGCCCGUGCGCCUCUCCACCAGCUACCCGGACCCGCUCAACCCGAACCCUAGCCCCGAGGACCCCGCCGCGCCCGCGCCCGGUGCGGCGGCGGCCUCACCGGCGCCGGCGGUACCAGCUCCUCCACCGCAGCCCCAGCCAGCGCUCGACCUCGCCGAGCAACCCAAGGCCAUGAGCCACGCGCUCGUGCUCGCCGCCAAGAAGUUCGAUGCUCUUGUUGCGGCAUUGCCAUUAUCAUCAGAAGAUGAUCAGAUGAAAAGAAUUGAAGAACUCCAGGCAGAGAACGAAGUUUUGGGAUUGGAGCUUCAGAAACAGUUGGAAGCUGCUGAACUGGAAUUGCGACGAGUUGAGACGUUGUUUAAUGAAGCUACAGACAACUGUAUAAAUUUGAAGAAGCCGGAUUAGUAAUAUGCACGCAACUGAACCCAUGUUGGAGGUGUCAUGAAUGCCAACAUUUGCUCUGGUGUUAGCCCCUUGUAGUUGCUAAUGCCGCUCAGCUAGAUUUGUAGAAAAUAUUGUGUUGUUUUAACUUGUGAGCAUUGAUAUUCCAAAAGCACUUGGUGGAUUAGGACUUAAAGUUCCAUGUCGUAACAUACUUUACCCUGAAAUAGUUUCAAUAAUUAAAUUUCUUUCGUGCA